AUGGAUUGGAAUAAAAAACGUUUAAACUUGAAUGAACCUACAGAGUUUGAAUCACUUAUAACCAUUGAACCAAUGGAAGUGAGUCAGGUGAAACAAGAGCCUUUAGAUUUGAGCUUCGAGGAGUAUGAGACUUCGCGAAAACCUAGUUCAAUUCAUAUUUCACCGAAUGAACCACGUGGAGUGCUGAAAAAGAAACCUCGUUUUGCUGAUCCAAUUAUUAUUGAAGAAGAGAAUGUUGUUACUAGUAACAAUAUAGAUUGUCUACUAAAUGAGGACCAAUUGAUUGAACAGAUGGAUAGUAUCUCGGUUGAAGAUCCUUCCGAUAAACCUGGUGGUUCUGAAAAUGAAAUUGUGUAA